ACGACGACCACUACACAAGCACCAACUGCGACCACCACUACCACGGAGGCGCCAAGCAUUACGACUACAGAGGCGCCAACUACGAGGACCACCCGCGCACCGCCACUUCUUCGCAAAAUUGACGGCAGUCCCAGCAGCCCUGCGUGGGUUUAUGCCCCGCUGGUGCUCGCGGUGUCCGUGCUGGCUUACAGCAGUCUGUGCUGA